ACGUGGUCACGUGACGCUCGCAUUUCCGACACAACAUUACAAUACACACUCUCGUAAGCAAGAGCUCCUGGCCUCUUCCUCCCUCCCUCCCUCCGCUCCAGGCUCGCUCUCGCUCUCGCUUUCGGCAUGGCGGAUGGCGAGAGGUCCCCGCUCCUGUCCGAUCUGGGCGAUGGCGCACCGGGCAGCGGCAACGGCGGCCUGUCGCCCGGCGCGGCGCCCUACGGUGUGGGCGGCAAGCCGCAAAGUUUCCCACCCUUCCCCAGCCCCACGCAGCCGUCGGUGCUCCUGGGUGAGGACCCGCCUCCGUACUCGCCCCUCACCUCGCCUGAGAGCGGCAGCGCGCCCGUCAUCAGCUGCCGGGUGUGCCAGAGUCUCAUCUCAGUGGAGGGAAAAAUCCAUCAACACGUGGUCAAGUGCGGCGUGUGCAAUGAGGCCACGCCCAUCAAGAACGCGCCGGCCGGGAAGAAGUACGUACGCUGUCCCUGCAACUGCCUGCUCAUCUGCAAAGUCACCUCCCAGCGGAUUGCGUGUCCCAGGCCCUACUGUAAGCGAAUAAUCAACCUGGGUCCGGUCCAUCCCGGUCCGGCCAGUCCCGACCCGCAGCCCGCCGGGGCCCGUGUCUCCUGCGGACAUUGCAGCAACACCUUCCUGUGGACAGAGUUCACAGACCGCACGUUGGCCAGAUGUCCGCAUUGCAGGAAAGUCUCCUCCAUUGGUCAGCGUUAUCCCAGGAGGCGGAGCUUGUGGUGCUUUCUGCUCUGCUUGCUGUUCUGUAUCUCUACUGCUGGUCUGAUUGCUGGCACGUGGCUGAAGGCUGAAACUUACCCUGGCAUCUAUGCCUCAUGGGCCGUUCUCCUCCUUCUGGUGUUGGGGACCCUGGCGCGGGCCUUCUACUGGGCCUGCAUGCGGGUCAGCCAGCCUCUCCAGAGUUUCACAUAGAUCCCACCCCCCCAGCCCCUCUAAAAGCCCAACCCCUCACUUUCUUCCCAACCCUUUCCCAAAAUGGCCAGGCCAGUGGAUGAAUGGCUUUAAAACAAGAUAAGAAAUAUUUAUUUCACUGUCAUGUGGCUACUUGCUGUACUCAUUUCCUUCCAUCUUGCCCUUCUCAGCUUCGUUAUUUCCGCGCCUUGAAUGAAGCAUUUAGCAUUUUCUAAACCAGCGACAUUGAUGCCGCCGCCGCCUUUGUGAAUCAAAAGGAUGAAGGAGGCAUUUGAAAUGUUUCAACGCAUGCGAAAAUUCCCCCCUCCCCAAAUCCCUGAGGAGCGACUUUGAUCCUCAAAAAGCGACGCUAAUGGAAGGAAUUUUGAGCAUAAACAAAACAUUUGACCAACAACAAAUUCCGGAUUGCGACGGCCAAAAGCUUUUUGAAGCUAGCUAGCAAGUUUUACAGGAAAACGUGUUUCUCACUAGUCCCAACAGCUUUAUUUACUAUUACUAGAAUAAUGCAAAUAAAAUAAAACUACUGGGGUUUUUUCCCAUUUACUGCAAUAGCUCAUUGCUUUCUGAAGCGUAGAAUAAAACGUUAAAAUCCCUGCUUUCUGUGAACGCACCACCAAGGGGACCUUAAAUUUUUAAGAUGAAGGAGAAGAGCUUCCUGAUAAGUCACCCGUCAAGGGUGGGUGGAGCUUUUUCGAAAAGAAAGGAACUGGCCAUGUGCUUUACAAAAGACCUGAUCGAGAACUGUAAAAAACUUGACCAUAAUCGCAACGUCGCUUUUAACUCGUUUACUGUAUGUUUUCACGAAGAGGACCUAAAACGGGGCUAGCUUCCGCUUUGAUGCGAUUUAUUUCGUGUGGUUGUAAAGGGUGUAUCCCCAUGGUAACCACAAUCAAAAAAGAAGACGAGUCACUGCCAAGACUCAUCUGACAGUAUAUUGCAAAAAUGUCACUGUCGCUUGAUGUUUAGCGAUGUUAGCUUAUCAUUUGAAAUCUAUUAUUUCGAGAAGUUGUGAUGGUAACCACGAGUACAACAAGAGACAACUCGGUUCUUUUACGUUUUUUUAUGAAAAGAUCUCUCGGUGGCUUUGAUUGACUCUUCACUGUAUUUGUCUUUUUUUUUUCUUUUUUUUUUGUAAAGUUGUUCAGGAUGUAUCCAUGGCAAACACGAUCAAAUUGAGAGACGAGUGGGUUCCAUUGCUUUUAUGAAAAAAAUCGCCGGACGUUGAAUCAAAAUUUUCCCCAUGAUCACAAUGUCGUUGUGUGUUCAUCACGGUUACCUUAAGCUUUCUUAAAAACUAUGGAAAGGAAAUUGCAUGAGAGAGGCUAGCUGCCACGUUGACAGAGCUUAUUUAGUAUAUAGGAAGGAUUUAUCGCCAUGGAAAUCACAAUCAAAUGAAUCAGUUCCAUUGCCAUUUUAUAGAAAGAGUGCUGGGACAAAAAAA